AUGAACACUGUGGGGAACGCCUCGUUCAACGAAGGUCUUACUUCACUAUACAUCAUCAUGAAGCCUAACUGUGCUGGUGGAUGAUUUUACUACAAGUCCAAUUGCUAUGAAUACUUCCGGAAGCUGAAGACCUGGUCUCGGGUCUAGUAUGAGUGUCAGUCAUAUGGAAACGGAGCCCACCUGGCAUCUCUCCAGAGUGCAAAGGAAGCCAACAUCAUCGCAAAGUACCUAAGUGGUUACCGAGGAAACAAGCCUGUAUGGAUUGACCUGCAUGACCCACAAAAGGAACAAAAGUGGCAGUGGAUCGAUGGGGCCUUCUAUUUAUACAGUAACUGGUCUGAGGCAGGAAUUCUAUUUAUACAGAAGUUUGCAGGCAGGAAUAAGUACUGUGCAGAGAUGAGCUCCAACUUCGUAACUUGGAGGAUCAACACACGCGGCACCUGCCAGCACUUCCUGUGCAAAUACCAAGUGUAG